CACUGUUCGGUUUUCCCUCUUCAUCCACAGUUCAUAAUGUAUUCAGCAGGAGGAAUGAACCUGCCGUCUUCCUCUCCAUCCAAAGGAAUACGCUUUAGCUUCAUCACCCCUACUGACCAAGCUCGAUUCGAAGAGCAAUUUGUACGCCUAGCCGGUCCAACUGGAGGCAAUAAGAUAUAUGCGCAAAAUGUCAAAGCAUUCUUUGGUGGAUUAAACCUCGACAAUGAAUCGCUUGCCAAGAUUUGGGAUUUGUCGUCGCUGGCCAAUGCACCUUAUCUUACGUUUCCAGAGUUUGCACUGUUUAUGUUCUUGACUUCAGCGAAACUGAGUGGUAAAGCCAUUCCUAGUUCUUUGCCCUCUUCAGUCAAGGAAGAAGUGCAAGUCGCUAUUGCGACACUUAACUCCACAGAAAAUAAUGCUUCUCAAAUGUCCGGGUUUGGAGCCCCUCAGGUUCAAAUGCCCAUGAUGACCGGUAUGCCACAGCAGAUGCCCGCCAUGACCGGCAUGUCCAACCUUCAACCGCAGAUGCCCAUGCAGACCGGCAUGGGUUACAAUGCUCGUCCAACCUCACCCCUCCCUUAUCAGCAAAGCAUGCAGACAGGAUUUGCCGGUGCCGCUCCUUAUCAGACCGCCAUGACCACCGGCAUUGGCCGUCCUUUGGCACCGCAGAUGAACAACAAACCCCGUAUCGACAAUACCGAUUUCAGUCAAAAAAUGAUGCCCAAUCAAUCGGGUGCCACCAAUUUGCUCAUUCCCAGUUUGGGAACCCAGCCCAACGAAAAGAUCUCGUGGAAGAUCAGUCCCGAGGAGAAACAACGCUACCGAGAAAUCUUUUACGCCUGGGAAACUUCGGGAUCAGGUUACAUGACAGGCGAUGUGGCAAGAAACGUGUUGACGCAAUCAGGUUUGCAACAAUCGGAUCUCAUGAAGAUUUGGAGUUUGGCCGAUCGGGAUAACAAGGGCAGUUUGGAUGUCGACGAAUUCGCUAUUGCCAUGCAUUUGAUUUACAGAAAAUUAAAUAAUUUCGAAAUUCCUGCUGUGCUCCCAUCUGAAUUGGCUCCGCCCUCCAAUGUAUUGAAGAAAUACAUUAGUGGUCAUCGAGGACCUCCUCCUUUUGGAUCGCCUUCGCCGACUCAAUCACCAGCCGGUACGCCGGAACUCAGGGAUCGGGAUGAAGGUCGUGGUGGUUAUGUUUCCAAUGCUCGUCGAGCCGUGUCGAACCGUUACGGAGCCGCUCCACGAUCACGUUACACAAGAGACGACAGUGACGAAGAAAGCGGAGAUCAGGACCAAGAAGACGGUGCCUUGGAUGAAUUGCGUCAAGAGAUCGCUCACAUGAAACGCACCUUGGAACAGGUCGAAUCAUCGUCAGGUCGUAACAAAGGUUCGCAGUACCGAUCCACAAGCAGCAAGUAUUCUUUGGAGGAAUUGAAGGAAAAGAUUCGAAAAGCGCAGCAGGAACUCCGGCAAGCGAUGCGAUCCAACCCUUCCGCCUACAAGGUUCAGGAAAACGACGAUACGUUGUUGGAUUUGCUGGAAACGCAGAAGUCAUUGCAAGAGGAAAUCCAGUAUCUGUGCAAUCGUGAUAUUCCCGUGCUUGCUCGCCAAUUGCGUACUGCGGCAGCGGAAUUAAGAGAUGCCAAAGUUCGUCGUUCAAAGAAACAAGACGGUGCUCAAGAUUUCAUGGCGUUUAUUCAACCCACCGGACCGGGAGGCGCCAUCACUGAAAGCGAUCGUGUCCGUGCCAAAGCCAAAGCCAUGAUGGCUGCUCGCAAGGCAGGCAACUCGGUCAAUAGUUCCGAUUCCGCCUUUGAUUUGAGAAGAGCCGAACAGGAAAAACAAGAGUAUGAUCAGCAAGCCGAUCGCUACGAGCGUGAAAUGGAACGUUCUCGUGAAGCCCUCCGAGAUUUGCGCGGGGAUUUGCAGUUCCUCGCUUCCCUUCAGACGUCCAAAGCCACAGAGGAUAAGAAACGAUUUGAAAAGGACCGCCAUGAUAUGGCGUACGAUCUUCGACGAUUUUUGGAACAAUUAGAACGUGACCAAUACAUCACGGAACCCAUCACUCCCUCUUAUACGGAACGUCAAAGUGUGAGCUCCAGUCCUUCCAUGAGUGGCAGUCGAUCCAUUCCCAGCAGCACCAGUCAAACAAAUUUGACCGCCAAUAAACCAAAUACCAGCUCACCCGCUGCUUCGCCCUCACGCCCUAGAACAGCCGAAGAAAUUAAAAAGGAGGCCGAGCGACGUGUUCAGGAGCGUUUGGCCGCGCUUCACGCGAAACGCAAUCCUUCGGUUCGCUCUCCGACCGCCGAAAAUAAAACGACGCCGGCGAAACCUCACGUCAAUGAAGAGGAAGUGACAGCGCAACAGCGACUUCGUGAAGCCGAACGUCAGGCGCAAGACCGGUUGAGAGAUACGGAAAGACAGCGUCAGGAAGCCGAAAGACAGGCGCAGAAUUCCGAAGCUGACAGACAACGCGCGGAACGAUUGAGACAAGAGGAACAAGUCGCUGAGCAAGAACGAUUGCGUCUGGAGGAGGAGCGUGAACGUCAACAGAGAGUGGACGAAGAACGCGAUUUGGAAGAACGCCGCAAAGCCGUCUUGGCCAAGGAAGAAGAGGCCAGAUUAGCUCGCAUGAAGGCUAUCCAAGAAGCGGAAGAUGCCGAAAACGCCGCACGUCAAUCUUCCAACGAAGCUCCAUCGGCUCCAUCGACUCCAUCCGAAGCGCCCGCCCCGGUGCCAACAACCUCAUCUGCCUCGUCGCCACCCCCACCGCCUCCACCCCCACCAGCUCCCCCAGUUGCUACGCCUUCGACGGAAACAGCGACUGCCACCACUAGUCCCGCUGCCAAGAUGAGCAGUAAUAAUCCAUUUGCCAAGUUGCAAGGAGGAGGUCAAUCCGAAGCUGCAGCUUCCGCUCCGGCCAUGCCCACAGGAGCACGUAUGGAAAAACCCGAUGCAAAGGAAGAUGACAAGGAAGAGGAAUCGGCAGCGGCGGCAGCUCCAGUCAAUAACAAGCGAGUGAGCUACAAUCCCUUUGCCGCCUUUUCUGCCUUCAGUGCUACCAAAGCACGCGCGCAGGGCGACAGCGAAUCCGAAGAUGAUGACGGCUGGGACGUUCUUCAUCACGACGAUUCCGAUGACGAGGUCGAAUUCCCCGCCGCAGGCAGUGCCAAAAACUUGGCAGGCUUGCUUUUUGAUGCCAUCAAUCAGCGACAACAAAGCCCGACUAUGUCUUCGCGUGGGGUGUCACCGAAACCAGCCUUUGCUACUCCUCCAGAGUCGCCAGCUGCUGGGUCUGCAACCGCAGCUACUCCAACACCGCCGCCACCUCCACCAGCUCCACCAGCUCCAUCAGCUCCAUCCGCUGAAUCUGGUGGUGUACCUCCUCCGCCCGCUCCUCCAGCUCCAGCUCCUGCACCGGCAUCUAUGCCUGCGCCUAGCACCGCUGCAUCUGGUACACCUAAUCGUAACGCUUUAUUAAGUCAAAUUCAACAAGGCACACGAUUGAAAAAGGCGGUAACGAAUGAUCGCAGUCAACCCGCCGUGGCUGGACGCGUUCAAGAAGAUGAGAAUCCCUCACCCUCACCUGCACCAACUCAACACCAACCUGCCAGAUCGCCGGAGCCCGUAGCGGCUCCUUCUGCCGCUCCAGUGAUGUCAUCGCUCCCCUCAACACAUCCUCCAGCACCACAACCUUCCGCACAACAUAAGGAACAGUCACCAUCCGAUGCAGUGGAAUAUGUGGCCUUAUGGGGUUAUCAGGGCCAGGGUGCCGAUGAUUUAUCAUUUGAACAAGACGAUGUCAUUUUAACCCAUGAUGUCAAUGAAGCGGACGAUUGGUGGUUCGGUACCCAUGCCACCACCCAUCAAUCUGGUUAUUUCCCAAAGACCUAUGUAGAACGUAAAUCCGAGGACAAACCGGAAUUGAGUGUUCCUGUUCGUGCUCUUUAUGAUUACGAAGGUCCAAGCAGUGAAGGUUGUCUUACUUUCACGGCGGGCACAGAAUUAACCGUGAUUGAUAAAGAUCUGGGCGAUUGGUGGAGAGCCCGUUUACAUGACGGCACCGUCGGUCUGGUUCCCUCCAAUUAUGUAGAAGAAAUCUAAUUACAUACAGCACUUUUUCAUCUUAUCGAAUCGUGAUUAAGAAACAAGAAACAAUAUAAUACAUUCAUCUUUCAAAC